ACCAGAGAAUAUUUUCCAGCAGCUCAAGCUUGACCAGGUUGGGUAUUAGGGACUUGGACGACAAUGGCACGGUCCCCAAGGAGGCCCUAGUUCGGAUCAACCUGGAACGCACAUGGCAAUUUUAUUCGGCCUCUUUGAUGAAAGCAGCAAAGGCGACACUCCCAGGCAGAGUGGUAGGUCGCACCGGUUGUCGCCCAGAGAGAGAAGUCAACAUGAGCCACAUCAUCCGUUCCUUAUCCAACCUCCAACAAGCAGCCAAGAGAAUGAGACAAGGACUUUUUGCGCUCCAGAUGUGCAACAAACCCUUUCGCAGGAGGUUAACAGUGCGUUGAAUCGGAUCGACAAGUAUUUUCAUCGCAUGGAGGAAGCGGAAGAAGCCCCACCAAUCGACCGUCUAGGAAGUCCCCCCUUGGACACUGCGUCGGCAAAUGACUGGACGCGAUGGAUAAAGGAGAUUGGGAAGAGAUGGUCCACUGCUUGCGUAGCGAUUCAAGCACAGCAGGCAGCGAGGCUACAAACACGAAUUCGAGAAAAUAUCAAUAUUCUACUUUCCCGAUGGCAAUUGGCCCCACGACAGGUUCUCGACAGUGUCCUUGAGAGGACAAAUGGCAAAGUUGUUUUGGAUCGAAUCCAGGUCACUCAGGAUGACCACACACAAAAUCUUUUGGAGCCGCAGGAAAUCAAAGAGUAUGUCCGCGAUUGGUUCAUCAAGUGGCAUGGGCCCCGUCCUGCACAGCCUUUGGAGCCUGGGUCCAGAUGGGAACAACAGUAUCGGCCCAAGGAGUGGAUUGACGAGGAGUGGUACUCCACGCUCAUGGACCCACCAACGUACGAGGAAUUCGAGGAGGCACUGGAUGAAGCGCCCAAGUACAAGGCGCCGGGUGCAUCAGGGCUAUCAAAUGACCUAUUUCAGAAACAAGGACAAGUCGGAAAACACAUUUUGUACCAUGUUCCCAAGGAUUGGCGCACUGGACGAAUUUACUGUAUCCCAAAGGCAGCAGAAUGGUCCGGUAGCAUGGCUGAUGUCCGACCGAUUACACUUCUAGAGCAUGCUAGGAAGAUCAUGUUUACGAUCCUCACUAAGCGGCUCAGUACGAUUCUUACCCAGCACAACAUCCUCCGAGGUCCAAACUAUUCGGUUUUGAAGGGUACGACGACAAAGGAUCCCAUCCACGCGCUGAAUUGUGUCAUGGAGGAUGCAACAGAGUUCAAACAAGAGCAAUGGAUUGUUUCCAGGACAUGCGUCGCUGCUUCGACUCGGUCAACUGCCAUCAGGACGGCAUGCUUCAUCGGGCAAUGACGCGCUUGAAAUUUCCAAAGCCCUUUAUUGACCUUUGUAUGAAG